CGCCCGAAACCCUAGGCGCGAAUGGAAGAUGCAAAAAAUCAAGGCGGGGUCAAAAGAGUAAUCACAAGAGAGUUUCGCGUCCCUCUCUCUCUCUCUCUCUCUCUAUAAAUAGAGAGUUCCCCCUCCCCGGUGGGGGCGUUUAAGCCCCCGCUCGUGCCUCGACUCCAGGGUCUUCGUCCUCACACUCCAUUCUCCGUACUUAGCGUGCGUGCCCUAACCCUAACGAGCUCUGCAAGCGGAGAGGGAGGGUGAAGUGGAGAGAGAGAAGGGGGGAGUCAAUGGAGGAAGAGGUGAAGGGGGCUGAGGAGAGGAGGUCGAGGUUUCGGAGGAUCUGCGUGUAUUGUGGGAGCACGUCGGGAAAGAAGGCGAGUUACCAGGAUGCCGCGGUGGAGUUGGGGAAGGAGCUGGUGGAGAGGGGCAUAGACUUGGUGUACGGUGGGGGGAGCAUUGGUUUGAUGGGCCUUGUCUCUCAUGCAGUUCAUGAAGGAGGGCGCCAUGUCAUUGGUGUUAUUCCCAAGUCCUUGAUGCCAAGGGAGGUAACUGGGGAGCCCGUUGGCGAAGUUCGAGCUGUUUCUGGAAUGCAUGAAAGGAAAGCGGAGAUGGCACGAUAUGCAGAUGCUUUCAUUGCUUUGCCUGGUGGAUAUGGAACACUAGAGGAAUUACUUGAAAUCAUUACGUGGGCUCAGCUUGGAAUACAUAAGAAGCCGGUUGGUCUUUUGAACGUUGACGGUUACUACGAUUCACUUUUGUCAUUCAUUGAUUUGGCUGUCGAUGAGGGAUUUAUCAGCGAAGCUGCACGCCGUAUUAUCAUUUCUGCAGCUUCAGCCAAGGAAUUGGUUAGGAUAUUAGAGGAUUAUGAACCCGAGUAUCAGACGCCUUUGGUUUGGGAGACAGAUCAGAAGCCGCUAAAUUUUGUUCCCAAAAGAGAAUCCGGUGUCGCUUCGUAGCGCCAUUCAGCUUACCUCUCUUUCUUUUGGCUCUAACAAUUCAUGCUAAUUAAACACGCGUGGCGACCGGCAUCAAAAAAAAAAAAAAGAAGGAAAGGAAUGGGGCGGCUGAUGUUUUUCUUUUCUACUUAAUUUAUUAAAAAAAAAGUUAGGGUGUUUCGACGGUGCUUUUGUGCUAACUGGUUUUCUUAUAUAUAUAUAUAUAUAUAUGCAUAAUUAGUUGUCUUUUGGAUAUAGUAUUGAAAGAAAUACAAUGUUUAAUGUACAUCCAUAUGGGGGAGAAAUGUUGUGGUGUGGUUUUGCUAUACGAAGCUAUGUAAAUACAAUGAAUAUGAUAACCAGGUGUUGAUAUUAUU